AUGAUUGUCUCUGCUUCUGACCAUUUUCUUGAGAUCUUUAAUGACCCCAUUCAUGGUCACAUUGAGCUGCACCCCCUGCUGGUGAAGAUGAUUGACACUCCUCAGUUUCAGAGACUCAGAUUCAUUAAACAGCUGGGAACUAAAUAUCUGGUGUAUCCGGGGGCCACUCACACUCGCUUCGAACACUCACUUGGUGUGGCGUAUUUAGCAGGAUGUCUUCUCAAGACUCUACAUGAGAAUCAGCCAGAGCUUAACAUUACCAAACAGGAUUUCCUGUGUGUUCAGGUCGCUGCCCUCUGCCAUGACAUGGGUCAUGGUCCAUUCUCUCAUUUGUUUGAUGGCAUGUUCAUCCCUGAAGUCCAGCCUGAUAAGCAUUGGGAGCAUGAGAAGGCCUCUGUUGACAUGUUUCGCUGCAUGAAAAGGAGGAAUGGACUGGACAAGGAGAUGAAAUUAUAUGGACUGAAUCUACCUGAAGACAUCAUAUUUAUUGAGGAGUUAAUUCUGAAAGGACAAAAGGAUGUGUUAAAGGUCAAAAUAUUUUCUGUCUUGCAGUGGGCAAUGAAGGGCAGGACUGAGGACAAGUCUUUUCUGUAUGAGAUUGUGGCAAAUAAGGUGAACGGCAUUGAUGUGGACAAGUGGGACUAUUUGGUUCGAGAUUGUUAUUAUCUCGGCAUUCCAUGUGGUUUUGAUCAUCAGCGUCUGCUGAAAUCUGCUCGAGUGUGUAACGUGAAGGGGAGGAAACACAUCUGCUUCAGAGACAAGGUGGCAGAUAAUAUUUAUGGCAUGUUUCACACCAGAUACACUCUUCAUCGUCAGGCCCUUCAGCACAAGAUCGGCUACAUCAUUGAUGUCAAGAUUAAGGAUGCUCUUGUAAAAGCUGAUGACGGCCUGAUUCCAGAUCGCAAGAUUUCCGAUGCCAUGGAUGACAUGCUAGCGUACACCAAACUCACAGAUCAUGUCUUCGAUCAAAUCCUUAACCAGUCAGACUUAAAUGCAGAUCUGGAUGAAUCCAGAGGAAUUCUGCAGGACAUUGUCAACAGACGCCUGCCAAAGUUUGUUGGAGAGGCCCGACUGAAGGAGGAUGUUUUAAAGGAAAUGCUGACAGAACAUUGGGAGGGCAUGGUCAAUAAACGUAAUCUGGAUCCUGAGGUCUUCCGAUUUUGUGAAAAAAUGCUGAACUGCUUGAAAGUCCAUCCUGAGGAAGCCUUCAAGAAUGCAGUGUAUCAGAAAAGACUGCUGCUCAGUUUGGGAGAUCAGCCUGAUGAAGCCUUCGAGAUGGAGGAAAUACAGAAGGCCAGCUUGAAAGCCCAGCCUAUUAAAGCCUUCAAGAUUCAAGUGUAUAAGGUCCUUGAGAUGGGUUUUGGUGAAGUGGGCAAAGAGCCCAUUAAUAAUGUUUAUUUCUACAGCAAGAAUGAUCUGAAUACAGCUUUCAAGAUGGAGAAGUACCAGGUGUCCAGUCUCAAGCCAGAGAAGUUUCACGAAUUUCUUGUGAGGGUCUAUUAUGAUCCAGAGAAUCAGGAGUAUCAGAGGGAGGUCCAGCAGAAAGCUGAAGAGUGCUUUCAUGAGUGGUGCAAAAUCAAUAAAUACACAUUUAUUGAUUUUGGGCCUGAUUCAGGUGAAGAAGAUGAUACUGAUGAAGAAGGGGAGGAGAACGAGGAAACUUCUUUACGCAAGAUCUUCAACGACCCCAUUUAUGGUCAAUUUGAGCUGCACCCCCUGCUGGUGAAGAUCAUUGACACUCCUUUGUUUCAGAGACUCCGUCACAUUAAACAACUGGGAGGAGCAUAUCUGGUGUAUCCGGGUGCCACCCACACUCGCUUUGAACACUCACUUGGCAUGGCACAUUUAGCAGGAUCUCUGCUCAAAGUUCUGAGAGAGAAACAAGACAAGUACAUCAAAAUGAUAGAGAAGGAUAUUAAAAAGCUUGGAAAGAAACAGGAGGAGCUCAAAAAGAAACAGGAGGAGCUCAAAGAGAAGGAGGAAGAGCUCAUUACUGAAAAAGACAUGCUGUGUGUCCAAAUUGCUGCUCUGUGCUAUAAUUUAGGUCACGGUCCAUUCUCUCAUCUGUUUGAGAGAUUCAUCCAUAGAGCCUGGCCUGCCGGUGCAGGUGGCAGUGGUGACGACCAACAAUCAGGUCCAUCAUCAGUUGAAAAUUGGAAGGUGGCCUCAUUCUGGAUAUUUCUGGAAAUAGUAAGGAAUAAACAACUAACCACAGAGCUGACAAAGGAGGAUCUCACUUUUAUUCAGAAGUUAAUUGUGGGGGAUAAUACUGCAGCUCCAGAGAGCAAGUCUUUCCUGUAUGAGAUUGUGGCAAAUAAUUGGAAUGGCAUUGAUGUGCGAAAAUGGGACUAUUUUGCACGAGACUGUCAUUAUCUCGGCAUUCCUAACAGCUUUGACCAUCAGUGCAUGCUGAAAUCUGCUCGAGUCUGUAAAGUCAAGGGGACAAAUCACAUCUGCUUCAGAGACAAGGUGGCUAAUGAUAUUUAUGACAUGUUUCACACCCGCUACACUCUGUAUCACCAGGCCUACAAACACAAGAUUGUCACCAUCAUUGAAGACAAAAUCAUAAAAGCCCUCUUAGAAGCUAAAGACACGCUUGAGAUCUCACCGAUUUCAAGGUCCCUUUCAUCAAAUGAUAUCAGUAAAAAGAUUGAAAAUAUUACAAGUAGUUCAAGAAAGCGCAAGAUCCCAUCAUCUGAAGAUGAAAAUACUGCAAAGUUUAUUAAAUUGACAGAUCACAUCUUUGAGAAGAUCUUGUACUCCACUGAUGACGAGCUGAAAGGUGCCCGAAAAGAGCUUGAGGAUGUUGUGAUGCGACGCCUGCCGAAAUGUGUAGGAGAGACUCGACUAAACGAAACUGAAGAGAAAGACAAAAAGGCCUUUCAGAUUAAGUGGAAUGAAGCACUGGAUGAGUGGAACAAACUUCACCCAAAUCUGUUCUUGUAUAAGGAGGAUUUCAGCACUGAAGUGAUUCAGCUGGAUUACAAUAAGGAGGCUGAAAACCCUAUCAACCGUGUCUAUUUCUACAGGAAGAGGAAGCACACUAAAGGCUGCAAGAUUAAGAAAUAUGAGGAGUCCAGUCUGCAGCCAAAGAAGUUUAGUGAACAUGUUGGUCGAGUUUAUUACACAAAAAACUCUGAUGAGGAGGAGAAGGAUGCUAAGGAGUGCUUUAGAUGGUGGCGCCUUGGCAUGUGUGCAAUUGAGCUGUAUGAUCAGCCAGAGUUUAAAGGUACCAAGUGUGUGAUCACAGGGGACCGUCUGUCACUGGACUGCUGCAGUAUAACAGAGGUUCGCUCCUGUAAGGUGCUAAGUGGUGUCUGGGAUCUCUAUGAGGGUUCUGACUAUGCUGAACCCAGUUACCAACUGUCGGAGGGGCUGUAUCCUGAUCCUGGGUCGUGGUGUGCCAGUGACCCCACCGCUCCUGGUCUGUCUGUUAAACGUGUAACAGAGUAA